UGUAAUUGAUCUUCCAAAAUUCCCAAGGUUUCAGAAUUGCAGUUAGGUUGCAAAAAUUGCAACCUCAAUAUUACCAGAAACUGCAAUUUAAAACCUUAAACAUAUAUUUUAAUCAAGUUUGUAAUUAAUAAUCACCAAUUAUGGCUACGGUGAGGACCCUUUUUUUCUUAGGCAUUGUUUUCUUUUUUUGUAGCUUGAUAGGUGCAUCCCGUAGCUUCGAGGACCGCCGUAGCCUCCUCGAUGGUGGUCCGGCAGUUAUCGACGUCAAAACCUUCGGUGCUCUUGCUGAUGACAAAACUGACAAUGUUGUAGCGUUUACGGCAGCAUGGAUAGAAGCAUGCAAGAACAGUACUACACCAGCAACGCUUUUGUUUCCGGAAGGAAUAUUCCGUACUGGCCAAAUUUCGUUUGCAGGUCCAUGCACAAGCCCAAGCCCCAUAACUGUUGAAGUUAUAGGAACUAUUAAAGCCACAGAAAUGUCUGAGUAUGUUAGUCCAGAUUGGAUCACUUUUUUUCAAGUUGAUAACAUGGUGUUGAAAGGAAGUGGAGUUUUUGAUGGCCAAGGAGCUCUUAGUUGGCCUUUGAAUGAUUGCAAACAAAACAAAGGAAAAUGUGUUUCCCUUCCCGAUUCUUUGAAAUUCGACAAGGUAAAUAACUCCGUUGUGUCAGACAUAACAUCACUAAACAGCAUGGGGUUCCAUUAUCAUCUUCAUCGUUGCAGCAACGUAACUUUCACUAACCUCACCAUAACUGCUCCCGGGGACAGUCCAAACACCGACGGUAUGCAUAUUAGCUCCAGCAACUUGAUUAGUGUCACCGACAGCGUCAUUGGAACCGGUGAUGAUUGCAUUUCAAUUGGACAUACUACAUCAAACAUUACUAUCACUGGCAUUACAUGCGGUCCUGGACACGGAAUUAGUGUUGGAAGUCUUGGUAAGAGACGAGAGGAAAAAACUGUGGAUGGUGUUUUUGUUAGGAAUUGCUCGUUCACAAAUACAACCAAUGGGGCUAGAAUUAAAACUUGGUUGGGACUAGAACCAGCCGAGGCUAAAAAUAUUAUCUAUGAAAACUUGAUCAUGAACGCUGUCCAGAAUCCCAUUGUUAUUGACCAGAGUUAUGGCAAAAAGGCUAGAGUGGCCUCAACUUCGGUAUGGAAGAUUAGUGAUGUUCAUUUCCGUAAUAUAAGUGGAACCUCAGUCUCAAACAUUCCAGUGUCAUUGCAAUGCAGCACAAGGAAUCCAUGUGAAAACAUUGAGGUAGCAGAUGUAGAUUUGUCUUAUGUUGGUCGUCCACAUAAUACAACAUUUGUAUCUGACUGUGCCAAUGCAAAAGCUAUCUUUGGAGGCAAACUCAACCCACCAGCUUGCACAUUAGUCUAAACAAUUAAUUUGACGUUUUAAUUGUGACUACUAUUGAUUAAUUAUAUUGAAUUGGUUUAUUAAUUACCAUUUGAUUACCAGCUUAUAUAUAUGUGUGUGUAUAGGUUGCUAGUUAUUUGAUGUUAGGUACGUACAUUCACAUACUCUCCUGAAUUGCAAAUGUAUCAUAGCUCUUUGCCUUCAGAGAGGCGUUGUUAAUGUCAUCCUCAUUAUAAUAGCUUGUUUA